AUGUUUAGCGAGUCACCAUUAUCAUCAGUUCCUCUUUCGAUUCCAUCAGACUUAUCUAUUCACCAUUCACCGACGUCAUCAGUAUCUGCAUCACCAUUAUCAUCAACAACUCAUUCACGUCGAUCAACAAUAACGUCAAAUAGUAGUCAACUAGUUGGUAUCUCAUCUACAAAUCAAUCCAAUCGACAAAUGAAAAUAGGAAAAUAUUUUCUUGAACGAACAAUUGGUAAAGGCAAUUUUGCCGUUGUUAAAUUAGCUACACAUUGUGAUACACAUCAAAAAGUAGCAAUUAAAAUCAUAGAUAAAUCACGUUUAGAACCAAAUGAUCAUAAAAAACUUGAACGUGAAAUAGCUGUUAUGAAAUCAUUAAUACAUCCGUAUAUUAUUCGUCUUUAUGAAGUAAUGGAAUCAAAAAAUCUCAUAUAUUUAGUAACAGAAUAUGCAUCCAAUGGUGAACUUUUAGAUUUACUUCUUCGUGAGAAACGUUUAAGUGAAGCAAAAGCAAAAGAAAAAUUUCGACAACUUGUAUUAGCUGUUGAAUAUAUUCACUCCAAAAAUAUCGUUCAUCGGGAUUUAAAAGCAGAAAAUUUACUAUUGGAUAGUCAUGGAAAUAUUAAAGUUGCAGAUUUUGGUUUUGCUAAUAUUUUUAAACCAAAUUCAAAGUUACAAACAUUUUGUGGCUCACCACCAUAUGCUGCUCCUGAACUUUUUCAGUGUCUUCCAUAUUUACCUGAAAAAGUUGAUGUUUGGUCUCUUGGUGUUCUUCUUUAUAUAUUCGUCUGCGGUCAUUUACCAUUCGAUAGUAAUAAUCUCGCUGAAUUACGAAAACGUGUUCUAGCUGGACAAUUUCGUUUACCAUUUUAUAUCAGUUCGGAUUGUAGUUCUUUAAUUAGUCAUAUGUUAACAGUUGAUCCUGGACAACGUUAUACUAUAAAUGAUAUUAAAAAUCAUCCAUGGUUACAAAUAAAUAAUUCAGAUAUAUCUCACAUAUUAACAUCUCAAGCACAAUCAAUACCAAAUAUUCAAUUAACAAAUACUAUAUUAGAUCAUGCAGAAUCACUUGGUUAUAAUCGUACACAAAUAUUAAAAUCAGUUAAUGGUAAUUCAUAUGAUAGUGAUGCUGCUAUAUGGCAUUUAUUAUUAGAAAAAUUCCAACAAACAUGUCAAAUAAAUAAUUCUCAGAUUUCAACUGAACAAACAAAUAGUUCAAAUUUAGCUUAUUGCAUACCAUAUAAAAAUGAAUCUAUACAUCGAUUUGAUCCAAAUAUUCAUAUUAAUUAUGUCGAAUCUUAUUCAGAUGAUGAAGAUGAAGAUGAACACACAUCAGAUCAAAUACGUGAACAAUAUACUCAAUUACAUGGUUUACGACGUCAUACAGUUGGUCGACCAGAUUUACUUGUACAUAAUAAAGUUAUUCCAACAUUGACAUCAGAAAAUCGAUAUCCUCAUCAAUUAUCAACUAUUGAACCAUCAGUUUUAACAAAUCAACUUAAUUAUCUUCAAGAACGACAAAAAUAUGAAACAUUACGUAUUCCAAAUGCUGAUGAUGAUGAUAAUAAUAGUUGUUAUUCUCAACCGCAAACAUCAAUUUAUCAUCAACGAAAUAAUCCACAUUCAACAAGUUAUAAUGGUUUAUCAGUACAUUCACCUGUAAUGACUGUUUCUGACACUUAUAAUCAACAACAACGAACUAAUCAAUGGUUAUCACCACCUGUUUCCAAUAAUUUUCAUUUAAAUCGACGUGCAAGUGAUAGUGGUGCUCAUCUACUACUAUUUCAACAACAAUAUGGCGUAAGUGGUUCAAAUACAAUUGGUGCUGUUCGACCAACACAAUUACAAUCUCCGAUAUCAAAUCGAUCAUCACGUGGAAGUAUUACACGUGGUGCACCAAUAACACCACCGACAUUUUCUAUAACACCCGAUGAAACAGAAGAGAAUGAUGAUGAAGAAGAUGACGAGAGUCUUGCAAGAUAUCUUAAUCGUGGUAAACGUCAUACUGUAUGUGAACAAGGUUCAUUACUUGGUGGUAAAGCUCGUCGUGGUACUCGUGAAACAGCGAAAGAAUGUAGUCCAUUAUCACGUCGUGCAAGUGAUACAAGUUCAAAUUUUAUAAAUAGUUCAACGAAAGUCUAUCUUGAACGUUUAUAUCAUAAUACUGUUGGUUUAAAAAUAAGUGAUGAUGAUGAUGUAACAACAUCAAGUUUACAAGAAUUACAUAAACUUCAAAAACAAGUACAAAAAUAUCCAAUGAAUAAUAAUACGAAUUCACCAAUAAAUCGACGAGCAUCUGCUGUUCCAUCACCAACCAAUUCCCUUGGUCUUCAUAUUAUUCGAGAAGAACAUCAACAAAAUCCAUUUCUACCAACAAGAUUACAAACAAAAUCUCCAUCAUCUUCAUCAUCAUCGGAAGCAUUGUAUAAUAUUGAUGAUGAUGAUGAUGAAAUGGAUUGUGAAGUUCAUAAUCAUCAACAUGCACAACAAAAAUCACAAUCACAACAAUCUAUUCGUCCACCUUAUCCAUUCUAUCGAGUACCUUAUCAUCAACAAACACCCCCACCAUAUUACUGUAAUACAAGUCCAUUACUUGCUCAAUAUUUAGUCAUCCCAACAACAACUUCUUCGUCUACGCCAUAA